UAAAGUUUCCACAACGAUUCAGAGAGAGAGAGAGAGAGAGAGAGAGAGAAUGGAAGGGGGAAAUAUAGUGAAGCUACAUGGACGGAGGAAUAGCCCAUUUUCUUUCAGGGUGGAACUGGCACUCAAAAUUAAGAGCAUACCAUAUGAGUUUGUGGAAGAAGAUUUGAACAACAAGAGUGAGUUAUUGCUCAAGUACAAUCCAGUUCACAAGAAAAUCCCUGUACUCGUACACAAUGGAUCGCCCAUUUCGGAGUCACUGGUCAUCCUCGAGUACAUUGACGAGGCUUGGAAGGAUAACGGGCCGCAGCUUCUGCCCAAGGAUCCAUAUUCCAGAGCGCAGGUUCGGUUCUGGACCAGUUUUCUCGCACAACGGCUAUUUAUGGCCACACGCCAAGUUUUAGUAACAGAAGGGGAAGCUCAAGAGAAAGCCAUCAAAGAGGCAAUUGACACACUGAAGAUCGCGGAAGAGGGAAUGCUGGAGUUUUUCCCAACCACACCCAUCACCAGUGAGAAUCAGCUGGGAGUCCUUGACAUUGUCAUAUGUUCAGUUCUGGGUUCCUACAAAGCAAUCGAAGAAGUGUUUGGUGCGAAACUCAUAGACCCGGAGAGGAAUCCGCUGGUGUUUUCAUGGCUGGAAGCUAUACUCAAUCUCCCUGCAGUGAAAGAGAUAAGGCUAACUCACGAGGAAACAGUGACUUUUCUUCAGAUCCUUCGAGUUAACUGGAAAGUUCAUUAGGCUUGAACUCACAUAUACAUGUUGUCAUAGGUCAAUCGGUGUAACGUGCCCCUUCUGUGCUCACCAGCCGCUUGUGUAAAAUCAGAAAUUCUAAUUGCAAGGAAGAUUUGCAAGGAACCACGCAAGGAAAAAUGCGUUUGGGCUCAUUCCGGAUCCCACAAAAAUCUAGAAAAAUAUUCAUAAUGUAAUAAUUAAGGCCAAUAUUGCCUUUCGUACUUCUUUUUAAUGAAUCAUGUUUCAACCCUGAUAUAUUGAUGAUUGAAGGGAGGAUUUAGUAAGGAUAUGAUAUGGGAUCUUUCUACCA